AUGACAGUGACAGAUAUAGACGAUCCUUCUCAUCCACUUCAUCAUCAUAGACGAACUGUUGCUGACUUUGAGUAUGGGGAUGCUUUAGGAGAAGGCAGUUAUUCCACUGUACUUAUAGGUCGAGACAAGAAAACUGACAAAUACUAUGCUAUCAAAAAACUGGACAAGGCUCAUAUUGUUAAAAAUGAUAAAGUCAAAUAUGUCAUGAUUGAACGGGACGCCCUUAAUUAUGUGAUUGAUUUGGCUCCUCAUGGUGAACUUUAUACCUUUAUUCGCAAGAUGGCACCACUUGAUAUGGAAACAACUCGUUAUUAUGCUUCGGAAAUACUAUUAGCAGUUGAUCAUAUCCAUAGUAAGAAUGUAGUACACAGUAUUCUUUUAGAUGAUCAAAUGCAUAUCAAGAUCGCGGACUUUGGAUCGGCCAAACUACUCUCUGAAGAUACAACCAACACAACAUCAGGUGCACGCUCCUUCGUAGGCACUGCAGAAUAUGUCUCUCCGGAAUUAUUACGAAGUGAUCCAACUUUUAAAGAAGCUGAUUGGUGGGCUUUUGGUUGUGUUAUCUUUCAAAUGAUAUCUGGUCGUUCACCAUUCAAGGCUGCUACUGAUUAUCUUAUUUUUCAAAAGAUCAAGAAUUUGGAUUACGAGUUUCCUGAAGACUUUCCCCCUGUGGCUAAAGAUUUGGUACAAAAAUUACUAGUACUGGAUGCUGAAAAACGUUUAGGUUCUGAAGCAAUGGGUGGGAUUGAUGCUAUCAAGAAACAUCCCUUUUUCGAUGGUGUUAAUUUCGAUCAAGUCUUUGAAAAACCUGCACCACCAAGGGCUCAACAAUAUAUGGAAGAUUGGAAA